AAAUUGAAACCUUGCGGAUCAAGGUUAUGACCGAACUAUUAAUAUAACUUCCAAAACAUGAGCUUGUUAAAGUAUGUUUGCUUUCAGGACAUCCAUUCAUUUUUCAGUCGAAAGAUUUAUUGGUUUGGUGCUCUCGUUCAAUCUCCGCUGGCUUUAGUACCAGUGAUGCGGUUGAGAGAGUAGCGCAGGGUUCUCCUGGACUUUCCUCGCCUGAUUUUAUAUAG